CCACACGAAACACGUUUUUUAAAAAUUUAAAAAAAUAUAUUAAAAAAACCCUUCUCACGAUCUUCACAGACCCUCCGGAAUGACGAUUCCCACCGUCGCCGCACUGCCGGCGUGUGAUUUAAACGAGCGGCGGCCCUGAAACGCGCAGUGCGCCGUUCGCGGCGGAGUGGAGCCGCACGCGGACUCGCUUUGUUGCUCGCUCGUUGAUGGAGGAGGAAGCCCUCGGCACGAAUUGCCUCUCGCCCGCCUGUGUGACUCGCCUCGUCGGCAAACGAGCUCGUUUAAUUGCAGGGACGCGACGGCGUACCUCGUAAGCGGAGGAGGAAGCCUGCCGACGUGCGGAGGGACGGGUGAGGGAAUGGGGAGGAGGAGGAGGAAGUCCCCCGUCUGCCGACGUGCCGAGGGAACGAGCGAGCGAGGAUUUGAGCGGGCGACGAUGUCGGAAGAGAAGGACGAUCGGCCGAUGCAGAAGUUUGACCUGGAGAAAGAGAUGGAGCUGCGCUUCGAGGUGGAACCCCAGCAGACGGCGACGCUGGAGCUUCUCAGCGGCAUGGGAGAGAUCUUCGGCACCGAGCUGACGCGCAACAAACGCUACGUGUUUGACGCCGGCUCCAAAGUCGCCGUGUUCACGUGGCAUGGCUGCAGCGUGCAGCUCACGGGCCUCACCGAGGUGGCCUAUGUCGCCAAGGAGACGCCGAUGCUGCUCUACCUGAACGUUCACGCGGCGCUCGAGCAGAUGCGCGUGCAGGCCGAGCGUCAGGAGGAAGAGCGAGGCCCCCGGGUCAUGGUCGCGGGCCCCGGCGACGUGGGCAAGAGCACGCUGUGCCGCCUGCUGUGCAGCUACGCGGCACGGCUCGGCCGUCGGCCCACGUUGGUGGAGCUGGACGUGGGCCAGGGCUCCGUGUCCAUCCCCGGCACUCUGGCGCUGCUGUACAUCGAGCGGCCCGCCGACACGGAGGAGGGCUUCAACCUGCAGGCGCCGCUCGUCUAUCACUUUGGCUCCACCACGCCCAGCUCCAACGUGAAACUCUACAACAAGGUGGUGUCGAAGCUCGCCGAUGUGUUCGACCAGCGGUGCAAGGUGAACCGGCGCGCGGCCAUCAGCGGCUGCGUCAUUAACACGUGCGGCUGGGUGAAGGGAGCCGGCUACCAGGCCCUCAUCCACGCCGCCACCGCGUUUGAGGUGGACGUGAUCCUGGUGCUGGAUCAGGAGCGGCUGUACACGGAGCUCAAGCGAGACUUGCCCCACUUCGUCAAGACGGUGCUGCUGCCCAAGUCGGGCGGUGUGGUGGAGCGAUCCAAAGACUUCCGCCGUGAGGGGCGCGACGAGCUGGUUCGCCGCUACUUCUACGGCUUCCGCAACGCCUACUUCCCGCACGCCUUCGAUGUCAAGUUCUCCGACGUCAAGCUCUACAAGGUCGGGGCGCCGCCCAUCCCGGACUCGUGCCUGCCGCUGGGCAUGUCCCAGGAGGAGAACCAGCUGAAGGUGGUGCCCAUCACGCCGGGGCGCGACCUGGUGCACCACGUGCUCAGCCUGAGCAUGGCGGAGAGCACCCAGGAGAACCUGGUGGAGGCGAGCGUCGCCGGCUUCCUGGUGGUGACGGCCGUCGACUCGGAGCGCCAGGUGUUCACCGUGCUGUCGCCCGCGCCGCGGCCCCUACCCCGCAGCAUCCUCCUCGUCAUGGACAUUCGCUUCAUGGACCUCAAGUAGCGCCGCCGAUCGGCGUGACGGGUUUGUGCUGCGUGCGGUGCGAAAUAAGUUUCGGCCCGCUGAAGAGGAUGGCUCCACCGGCUCCAUUUUUAAAAAUAAAACCUUUUGUACCGAUUUUAUAGAGGCCGUUGAAACAAUGGGGUUAGGUUUUGAUUUACAGCUUUCGUGACUGCAGUAAUUCUUAGCUCUUUCGGUAAAGUCACGUUGAAUGGAAACAAUAAAAUAAUAAAAUAUAUUAUUUUAUUGUUUACUUUAUUGUUUCCCUUCAACGUGACUUUACUGAAAGAGCUAAGAAUAUGAAAAAUGGGGUUAGGGUUAGAUGAAGACGUGGAAGCAGAGUACAGUACAACAAUGGAUGUUGCUGCACAGCUCCCUGCUGCCCGCAACGUAGUCCUACAGCUGCCGAUUAUCACGGUUGGCAACGUACGGUGUGAGAGAAGUUCAACAUAUAUACAAGUACAACUUGUUUGGUUUUUUCAAAAAUAUUUUAUUUUCGCCUUUUUAAUAUGCACGGUGGUCGACCCGUCCAAGCUGCGUGCCUCCACUUUGUACAUUUGAUGAGAGACGUUGUAACAUGGUUUACCAUGUCAGGUCAUCAUUGAUUUAUAAGUCCUGUUAGCCUCUCGUGUCUGUGAUAAUGCGGGGGAGAAUUAAUUGUUGAUGAGAUAAUUCCGAGGAAAGGGGAAUACUUUUGUAAUGAUAUGAAACAAUUUGCGAGCCAUUUUCACAUGAAUAGCAGUGUUACCAUAAGAUCUGGGGUUAUUCAUCAUCACAGUAAUAACAGUAUUGUGAGUUGAACUAUCAAUUACAUUGCAAUUCUUUAAGAUUCACACAAGUUACAAUUGUAAUUGACGCCAGGUCUGGUCAGCGUGGGUAGUGUCUCUUGUGCUCACAUAAAGAAUUGUCAACAUACACAGCAUCUCUCGCGUGCCUGAUCUCCCUUGCAUCUACAUGAGAGUUACAAUGAGCAAAUUAAUCUCACUUUGGUCACCGACAUCACAGGUGAGAUUGACAGACGAACGAGUUAUCGUGUCUUUAACUCGCACCUGUGCCUCCUUGCAGGUGCAGUGAUAUUGGGCGCUGCGGUGGCAAGAUUCUAACUGCCCCGCCUGUUAUACAGGAGGUCAUAGGUUUGAUCCCAACCCUGACGCCUAUUUAUUUGGAGUUUGCAUGUCUCUCCCCGUGGUCGCGUGGAUUUUUCUCCGUGUCUUCCGGUUUUUCCCCCUCCACAUUUAGAAUCGGCAUGAAUUUAGAGUAUUUGGCUGGUGUAAAUGAUGAGCCACUUUGUUCAGCUAUCAUUUGUGGCUAGGUUGCUUCUGAAAAAGACGCACAUAGCUCAGUCGCGUCUUACCUGGCAAAACAAAACGUGGUUUAGUUUAGCAUAGUUUGGAGAGGAAUGUCUCGCUCUCGCUCUCCCCUCCAUCGGGUUUGUGAGCGGCUUCCACAAUCGUCGGCUGCUCUGCCGGGUCUUAACUUGUCUCCACGCAUGCCACCGUAGGAGAGAGAUUGCACCUGCCGCAUCGAGUGCACAGGGCCUUUUUUUAUUUCCGCCGUUCUCGGCGCCGCAUCUCCCGACCGUGCAAAUGCAUUUGACGUCAAAAUCUCAUGCGCGCCCGCUCCGACGGCGCUGUUGCCAUUGCGCUGCGGUCCGUUGGCGGGCGCUCGGAGUUUGGAACUCGGCAACGUAGAGGGCACAUCUCUCGCAACGCAAAACGUCCACGCACCAUGAACGCACGGUGUAUUUGUUCUUAAAGGCCGCGUCGUCUCUAAAAGGUCGCCCCCCCCCCACGCGUGCGCGCGCAAGGGUGCUUCGAAAAACCGCCGAGUGAGGGUCAGCGCGCGCGUGUGUGUGGAGUCGAUGGCUUGGAACGGAACAUUUGCGCCUGAUUUAACAUGCGUGGUUGCAUGUGAAGCAGACGCGAGUCGGGCGAGUCCCUCCCGAGGCUAUUUAAAAUUUUUGUUGUAAAAAGUACGUCAUGAAAUCAGGAGCGAUAUCCAUUGCACUGUCGUCAUCUUAACCGCGUGAAACCCCGUACGGCUGUGUGAUGCACAAUAAAGUGACAAUGUUUGCUACGCUAUUGGCAUAAAUACAUUCAACUUGUUCUAUGAUAAUGACAUUUAUUUUUUCGAUGGUGAAAAGCUUCAGGAAAUCACUAAUCGUCUGCAUUUAUGUUUGGUCACCUUUGCAUAUCGGAAGAAACCAAAGCACCUGACGCUAACACUCACGUUUGCACACACUGGUUCACAACUCAUUUUCUGCAUUGCCUUUGCCUCGCCACCAGAGGACAGAUCUCUGAAAUCUGCUGGACGUGGACACGUUCUACACCUGUGGUCGAUAUCUGUUGAUUCUGGAUGCUGGUCAAAGUCAAAUAUAAUAACGCCUGACCGGUUUCUCUUGUACAUCCUGUAACUCGUGCAAACCACUCUCACCGGCCGACCAGUCGAGUGGUCUCUCUUCACCUUUUCCAUGACAGCUUUUUGCCGAAUGUCCCCAUUGGUCCUCAUAUGAUGGCAGCCGAGCGGGGUGCUUCGCCAGGACCACCUUGGUACUGUUUGUGUCAUUUGCGAGCACCGAGACAAAGGCCAUUCAUGUAAAAUCUGCUGCUCUCGAAAGUGUUGCACGGGGUGAGCUCCACCUUGGGCCCUGUUUACUCCUCCCAUACUGGACAUAUGUGCAAAAAGAGCUUCAUAGCACAUCGGAUUCUUCCUGCAGUCUAAAUAAAGAUUCUGAUCUGGUGUCGUA